ACGCACAGAUUCUUGCUAAUCGAGAAAUCACUUCCACUCUAAUCCAUCUCCCCUACGUUUCUGAUCGAUUUCUUCCAUGUCAAUGGAGACGAGAGACGGCAGCUCGACGACCCCGGCACUGCUGCCGUGCUCCUACUCCCCGCUGCCGGACGACGCCGAGGCCGCCGUGGUGCGCCACGCCCGCCGGAGUGCCGGCCCGUUGUGCGCCGCGCUGCUGGCGGCGUCGGCAGCCGUGCUCCUCGUGGUCACCGCGCUCGCCGGCGUCAGGUUCGCUGGCCAGCUGCCACUGCCAGCCACAGGCGUCGCCAUGUCCGGCCACACGACUACGGCGGACGACACGGUCACGAUGAGAAGCAGCAGCAGGGGCCCUGAGUCCGGCGUCUCGGAGAAGGCGUCCGGCGCCGCAGCGCACGGCGGCAUGUUUGGUGCCGACGCCGGCGGCAACGCGUUCCCGUGGAGCAACGCCAUGCUCCAGUGGCAGCGCACCGGCUUCCACUUCCAGCCCGAGAAGAAUUGGAUGAACGAUCCCAACGGUCCCGUGUACUACAAGGGAUGGUACCACCUCUUUUACCAGUACAACCCGGACGGUGCCAUCUGGGGCAACAAGAUCGCCUGGGGCCACGCCGCCUCCCGCGACCUUCUCCGGUGGCGCCACCUCCCCGUCGCAAUGUCCCCUGACCAAUGGUACGACAUCAAUGGCGUCUGGUCGGGAUCUGCCACUGUCCUCCCCGACGGCCGCAUCGUCAUGCUCUACACCGGCUCCACAAACGCGUCGGUCCAGGUCCAGUGUCUGGCCUUUCCGACCGACCCCUCCGACCCUUUGCUCGUCAACUGGACCAAGUAUGAGAACAACCCGGUGAUGUAUCCGCCACCAGGAGUUGGGGAGAAGGACUUCAGGGACCCAACCACUGCGUGGUUUGACGGCUCCGACGACAUGUGGAGGCUCGUCAUUGGCUCCAAGGAUGACCGUCAUGCCGGCAUGGUGAUGACUUACAAGACCAAGGAUUUCAUGGACUAUGAGCUUGUCCCUGGGUUGCUUCAUCGCGUGCCGGGGACAGGUAUGUGGGAGUGCAUCGACUUGUACCCUGUCGGCGGCGCGAGGGGCAUCGACAUGACGGAGGCCGUGGCUGCGGCGUCCAACAAUGGUGGCGGCGAUGUUUUGCACGUGAUGAAGGAGAGCUCGGACGAUGACCGGCACGACUACUAUGCGUUGGGAAGGUACGAUGCGGUGAAGAACACAUGGACGCCAUUGGACACUGACGCCGAUGUCGGCAUUGGGCUGAGGUAUGACUGGGGAAAGUUCUACGCAUCCAAGACGUUCUAUGACCCGGCAAAGAAGCGACGCGUGUUGUGGGGCUGGAUCGGCGAGACAGACUCGGAGCGCGCGGACGUAGCCAAGGGAUGGGCCUCCCUCCAGUCGACCCCUCGGACGGUGGUGCUAGAUAACAAGACAGGGAGCAACCUCCUGCAGUGGCCGGUGGAGGAGGUGGAGACGCUCCGGACCAACUCCACCGACCUCGGCCGGGUCACCAUCGACCACGGCUUCGUAAUCCCUCUCAGCCUUCACCGCGCCACACAACUUGACAUCGAAGCCUCAUUCCGUCUUGACCCGCUCGACGUCGCCGCUGCCAAGGAAGCGGAUGUCGGCUACAACUGCAGCACCAGCGGCGGCGCGACUGGACGGGGCACGCUCGGUCCCUUCGGCCUCCUCGUGGUGGCUGAUGCCAGGCACCACGGUGGUGAAAUGGAGCGGACCGCUGUCUACUUCUACGUCGCGAGAGGCCUCGAUGGAGGCUUGCACACACACUUCUGCCAUGACGAGACGCGCUCAUCUCAUGCCAACGAUAUUGUUAAGAGGGUCGUAGGCAAUAUUGUUCCCGUGCUCAAUGGCGAGAUGUUUUCGGUGAGGGUGCUAGUGGAUCAUUCAAUCGUUGAGAGCUUUGCAAUGGGCGGGAGGUUGACCGCGACGUCACGUGUGUACCCGACUGAGGCCAUCUACGCCAACGCUGGGGUAUACCUCUUCAACAACGCCACCGGCGCCCGGGUCACCACCACGAGCCUCGUCAUCCACGAGAUGGACUCCUCCUACAACCAGGCCUACACUGCCUCACUGUAAAAACAAAAUGGAAAUUUUAUUUUUGUUUACAAAAAAAUGUGAUAGAUAGCUCUUUGUACUUAUUUUUUUGACCAAGGAAGGUGUCUCUCGUUUCCUCGUUGCAA